AUGAAGCUCUCUAUUUUUAGUCUGCUCGCCGCGACUGCAACAUCCUUAUUUUCGCAAGUACCGUUUCAGGAGAAACCAGAAGUAGAAGGCUUCCAGAUCUACCAAAGCCAGUUCUCAGAGCAUCACUCUAUCCGCAUUAAGCAGCAACAAAACAACACCCUCUGUGAUGCACGCUCCAAACAGUACACUGGCUGGUUAGACAUCGGCUCAAAGCAUAUCUUUUUCUGGUACUUCGAGUCUCAAGACAGGCCCUCUGAAGAUCCGCUCCUGCUAUGGCUGACAGGAGGACCAGGUGGCUCAGGCAUGAUUGGAUUGCUGGGCGAGCUGGGGCCUUGCCUGAUCAACGAGUCUGGGAAUGGUACCGUGUACAACGAAUAUGGAUGGAGCAAGAACGCCAACAUUAUCUUCGUUGAUCAGCCCGCUGGUGUCGGUUUCAGCUACGUCGAUGAGGGAAUCCCGCUUCCUGCUACAAGCUUCACGGCUGCAGAGGAUAUGCAUUACUUUCUGCAGCUUUUCACAAGCGAUGUCUUCCCAGAUCUUCGCAAUCGAGACUUCCACAUCACGGGAGAGAGCUAUGCUGGCCAUUACGUCCCAACACUUGGUGCCGAGAUCGUUUCGAAGAAUCUAGCCUAUCCUAAGCGGCCCCAGGUUAACCUCAAGUCAACCUUCACCGGCAACGCAUUUGUCUCACCUAGAGAUACCAACUUUGGUUACUGGGAAACGCUGUGUACCACAAACCCCGGUGUCGACAAGCCCAUAUUCAACCAGACCCGCUGCGACAUCAUGGCUACUAACCUACCUCGUUGUAUGGAGCUUAUCAAUGUGUGUUACAACCACCCAGACCCAGCCAUAUGCCUGGCGGCCGAAACAAUGUGCAUGGAAGGUGUAGUCCUCUACUACGACGGCGAGUCAGGAGCAGGAGGUCGUAAUCGAUUUGAUAUCACGGAUGGUUGCGAGACGAAAGACGAAUUAUGCUACCCUGAGAUGCAAAGAAUACAGGACUACAUGAACAUGCCAGAUGUCUGGAACGCGCUCAGUGUGCCCAAGGCUGUAGCCAACUUUACAGGGCUCUCGUACGAUAUUGCAUGGGCUUUCGCCCUCACCGGUGAUGGCGUCUUGAGCACGCAACCACAAGUCUUGUAUCUUCUUGAGCAUGGCAUCGAUGUGCUUUUCUAUCAGGGUAAUUUAGAUCUUGCUUGCAACACGGCAGGUAAUCUGCAAUGGGCUAGCACGAUGCAAUGGAAGGGUCAACCUGCGUUUGUCGCGCAGCCGAAGAAAACAUGGAAGCACGAGGGUAAAGAGGUGGGGUGGUUCAAGGAAGUCAAGACACCGACUACAAGUGGAAGAGAGACGACAUUUGCAUUUGCAACGGUGGACGGAGCAGGCCACAUGGUGCCGAUGAACAAGCCCAAGGAGGCGCUGGCUUUGGUUGAUAGAUGGCUCAGGAAGAGGAGUUACGCGUAA